AUGGGUCAAGACCAUGACUAUGACCACUUCCUACUUCCUCUGCUGGACGACAAGGAGCCCUGCUACAUACUAUACCGCCUCAACUCCCAGAACGCACAGGGAUACGAAUGGAUAUUCAUCUCCUGGUCUCCUGACCAAUCUCCAGUGAAAACAAAGACCAGUGUAGAGAGUAAGAGCCAAACACUGCAGGGCCUUGCUUACCCACUGCAGGAGGAUGCCAAACGGGUUCUACAACAACUUGCACAGAAACACAUCAACUACAUUCAGCUGAAGUUGGACACAGAGAAAGAAAUUAUAGAGCUGGUUCAUUUCGACCCGACAGAGGCCCAUGAGCUGCCUUGUAGGGUUCCACGGAUACGCCCUGACACCUCUUCUACCCUCUAUAAACACUCCCAUGAAGGGGAUUACUUGGAAUCUGUGGUGUUCAUCUACUCCAUGCCAGGUUACAGCUGUAGCAUUAAAGAGCGGAUGCUGUACUCCAGUUGUAAGGGUCGACUGCUGGAUGAGGUGGAGAAAGAUUACCAUCUGGAGGUUGCCAAGAAGAUGGAAAUUGACAAUGGGGAUGAGUUGACAGAGGAGUUCCUGUAUGAUGAGGUUAAUCCUAAGCAGCAUGCCUUCCAGCAGGCCUUCGCCAAACCUUGUGGCCCAGCAGGGAAGAAAGGCAGUAAGCGCCUCAUCAAGCGUCCAGCGGAUGGGGAGGGCAGGCUGGAGAGUUAGAGAGAGGGAAAGAGCUUUGUCAUCACCCCAGCCCAAGCCAUCCCCAGCCCUGCCCUCAAUCCUCAUCCUCCUGUUGCCAUGCCAUCUGGCAGCUUGUUUGGCCACGAGGAAGGAAAAGGAGAAGAACAUGGACAGAUUUCUCCUGUCAUUUUUAUUUUUACCUCCCUUUGCUUGUCAUUACUGUACAUGCUAUUCAUGAACAUCAACAAUAGGAUAAAACUAAGGAAAUCAAUUUUUUUCUCAUUCUCUCUCUGUGUCACUCUUAAAAACCUUACACAUACUGUUACGUUCCCCAGUUUCUGUGUUGUUGUGGGUUUGUAUGUGUAUGUGUGUAUUUCAGGAAAUAGAAUCCUGGAUUCCUCAAGCAGCUGAUUGGUCGGCCCCAUCUCUGAUUGGAGCUCUGACCCCUCCCUCUAAUCAGGGGAAACAGCUGGCUCUUCAAUUACCAACUCCUUCUCCAGCUUGAUAAAAGUCAGUGUUCCUUUGUCAGAAAAAUAGCUUAUUUUUAUGUCCUGUGUUGAUUUGUUGUGGCAGUCUGUAAAAGUUUUGUGGAUAUUAUUUUGUAGGCGCUCCUUCCGAGGUAUGUGUAUGCCAAUAGGACUUAGUGUUUUUGGUUAUUGAAAUUGUUCACUAAGUAGUAGUAACUGUUCUGUUUCAUUUGUUCCGGGGCAGAAGGGGAACGCACCUUGGGAGUGUUUAGGCAAGAGGCCUGCGGGCACACAUAACCCGUAGUAUUUCAUCUGUCUAUGCACACUAGGUAAUACCCCUGGUAUUUUGGUUAGCGAGCCAGUUGGUGCUAAAGGUUAGGUAAGUAGUGGGAAGGUAGGAGAGGGGACUCUUUAACUUACUUUCUUUGGUUCCGUCCAGCCCCUUUUCCCCCACCUUACCGUGUUUUAAGGAAUAAUCAAUUCCCUGUAACGGUAUUUUUCCCCGCACCUACUAUCGCACUUCUUUUUUUUCACUCCACAGGGAGUUGAGAUGUAGCAGCGUGUUGUGUUCCCUCCAAGGGGCAUACGACACACACACACACACACACAGACGGACAGACAGACGGACUGACUGACAAACAUGAAAGACCAAUGGAUGGUCUUACAGAUGCCUCAGCCAAAUUUCUCUAUUGCAAAUGUCACAUAGAUCUACAGAAGAAGCCUGUCCAUCUGAUGUGUUGUCCAUAGGUUUAAACAAUUCAGGUAACUUUACCCAAAUUCCCUGUUUUUUUCCCCUGGAAAUCCUGGUUAAAGGUUUCCUGGAUUUCCUGCUUAUUCCCUCGUGACUCCAGGAAUCUUCCAACCAGUUUUUCUGGAAAACCAGGGCAGGACUUUUGCAACCCUAGUUAUUACCUUGCGUGUUGUCACUAAAUGUUUAGCAUCAAACAUGUUUGUAAAAACAGAUGAUAAUGAGAGGAAUUCUAAAUAAAAUGUAGAUGUUU